GUCAUUACAACUUAUACAAUUUGUCUUGUUUUAUAAGCUACUUUCUUUUGUCUCGUUUCACAGAAUAAUAUGGAAUUUUUUAACCUAAGAGAAUUUUUUCUGUUUGCACAAAAAUAGUAAUAAACAACUGUAAAUAGCUUCUAAAGAAAAAAUAAUUAAUUUAAAGGCACUGAGUGUGUAUUCAAUUAAGAUCAUCAGAUUAUGCUUAUUUACUUAAGACAAUUAGGAAAAUAUGAACUUGCUCAGUACCAAUUGCUCAUAAGAUUGCUAUAUCUUAAAACAGGAGAAAUGUCGAAGGAAUCGCUUCUAAGCACUCCUUUGCACGGAGUAUAUAUCCCUGCGUUUUUAAUCGUCUUUGGAACAUUUGUUGUGAAACGCGAAUGGAUAGGUUAUUCAGUCAUACUGGCCUUUGUCUUGGGUUUUCAUAAGUUUUGGCGUGGUCGUGUACGAAGAGUUUUGAAUAGUAAAAUUCAAUACUUUGAAUUGAGUGAUAAAGCCGUUUUAAACCAUAAUACUGCAAUCUAUCGCUUUCGACUUCCCCGUUCUAACGAUGUCCUCGGUUUACCAGUUGGACAGCACUUAACUGUUGUCGUUGAGGUUGAUGGAAAGCAGCAUUCUCGAUCUUAUACCCCUUUAUCUUCAGAUGCUGAUAAAGGUUACUUUGACUUGCUUGUAAAGGCAUACCCCAAUGGUAUAGUCAGUAAGAAGAUUUCAGAGUUGAAGAUAGGUGAUAAAAUUGGCGUACGAGGACCUAAGGGAAAUUGGAAGCAUCAAGUCGGUCUUGCUCGCCAUUUUGGUAUGAUUGCUGGAGGUACUGGUAUCACUCCUAUGUUGCAGAUUAUCCGCGCCGUUCUUUCCAACCCCGAAGAUCCUACUCAAAUUACUCUUUUAUAUGCAAAUGUCUCCGAAAAGGAUAUAAUCCUUCGCGAAGAAAUUGAAGCUUUAGCUCAGAAGGAUCCCCGAUUUACGGUAGAGCAUGUUCUUAAUAAUCCACCAGAAAACUGGACUGGAGCCGUGGGUUACGUUACUGAAGAGUUGAUCAAGCAUCACUUUCCCGCUCCUUCUGCUGACUCAAAAGUUCUCAUUUGCGGACCAACACCUAUGGUUAAUGCUGUUCGCCAAGCUACCGUUUCAUUAGGAUACGAAAAGGCUCGUGCAAUCUCCAAAAUUGAAGAUCAAGUCUACGUCUUUUAAUAGCGUUUUUCUUUUACUUGUCCAUAGAAUUACUGUCUUUGCGUGCUAUCGCUACCUUUUUACGAUCUCAAGUCGAUAGUAAAAAUCUGCAUUUAGAUGAAGAUUUUAUCUUUCCUGAACUAAAUAUCGCAAAAACACGCCAAACUUGCAUAUUGAUUAUAAAUACAACCUUCGUGGCCUUCAUUCUAAAACGAGAGCAUUAAUAGAAUUUCGUAAUCAAGCAAAUGAAGGUGUUCCUAAAAUCGUAAAUCUAAGCACUCUAAGAUAUCUAAAGUAGAAAUAGUUUCUAAUGCAAACG